AUGGUGUAUUGGAUCGACUACGCGUUCUCGAAGUCGGACAAUGGACGUGCCAGCAGCUAUAUCUGGCGUGUACCCACCAUUCUUCAGUGUAUCUUCCUGAUCCCCAUGAUCUUCAUCAUCUGGGUCAUCCCAGAGACUCCUCGCUGGCUCGCCGCCAGAGACCGCAAUGAAGAGGCUCUCGAGGUUCUGACCCGUUUGAACAAGGGCAAGAUGAGCCAGGAGGAGAUUCAGAGCAUCCACACUGAUAUCGUCCGCACUGUGGCCAUCGAGAAGUCCAUCGGCGCUGGCUCCUGGAGCGACCUUCUGAAGAGCGACAGCAUCCAGAGUAGACGCAGAUUCCUUAUUGCCUGCGCAAUCCAGGCAUUCCAACAGCUUGGCGGCAUCAACGCUCUGGUUUACUACUCGGGAACUCUCUUCCAAAAGAGUCUAGGCUUUGAUGCGAACCUCUCUGGACUCAUGUCUGGAUUCUUGAACACGUGGUUCUUCUUGGCCUCCUUCAUUCCUUGGUUCCUGAUUGACAGAGUCGGUCGUCGUCCUCUUUUGUUGUCUAUGAUCAGCUUGAUGGCAGCCGUGAUGGCUGUUCAAACAGGUCUCGUCUACCAGACUCAAAACAAGACAUCUAUUGCCCGUAAGUUCUAG